AUGUCCGAACCAAUUCCAGAAUCCGUUCCCACAUCCGCAGACCCACGCUCCAAGCGCCCCACCAAGAAGCGCGCCCUCACCCCCGUGUCAGCCCAAGCGAACCAAGUCGAAGCUCUCUUCGCGCAUCCCGAUCGCGAAAUCGCCCUUCCUUCAGGCCCCAAACCCAAGAACCUCGCCCCCCCACCCGAGAUAGUAGCUAACGUGCAAGGCUCGUCUGCAGGUGCAGGCUCAGGCGAGUUUCACGUCUACAAGGCGUCGCGGAGGCGGGAGUAUGAGCGGCUGCGGCUGAUGGAUGAGGAGACGAAGAAAGAGAAUGCGGAUGCGGAGUUUGAGGUCAAGAGGGAAGAGACGAGGAGGAGGGAUGAGGCGAAGACGAAUAAGAACAAGGCUAGAAGGGAGAAGAAUAAGGCGAGGCUUGCGAAGAAGGGGAAGGGUGGGGAGGGUAUGGAGGUUGAUGGGGAUGGUGAUGGGGUUGUCAAUGAGCAGGAGCGGGGGAAGGUCAAGAAGUUGGGGCCUAUGAGUGUGGGCGCGAGGAGCGGGGCGGAUGGGGAGGCUGACAAUGGCGUGUUGAAUGGCGGUGGUGAGGUGAAGAGCGCGGAUGAGGUGGGAAUUAUCAUUCAUGAUGAGGAUUAA